GUAUGCAUUAAGGUGUCUGUAAUACAAUACAUGUGGGAAAAACGAAUGUAGACAUUAAUAAAUGCAUUUUCUAUAGCUUGCAAAUAUUUUUUACAAGGGUGGGGGAGUGCCAGGAUGGAGGCACGGUGGCUUCAACACAGCGCCUCUUUAUUCUCAUCUAGUGUAUAUAUAACUCAUUCAUCACACCAUGUUGGAAAGUCCCUUCUGCCUUUGCUUUCACUUUCACUUCAGUACACCACUUCACCAAGCAACACCAAACCAAGCCAAGCGCUGGGUCUUGUGACUGCUAUUGAGGCUUUGAUAUACAAUAUCGCUGUUCAACAAGGACACCUUAUCUGGUUGUAAUAAAUAAUAGGCUGCAUUAGAUUACAUUACACGGACUUGCUCUGGUGUAGAUAUUUGAGAAUAGCAAAUUAAGCACAACUUCAUAGCCUCAUCAUCACCAUCACCAAAGGUAAUCCAUGUUACCAUGACGACUUGACACAGAAGAGGAUAUCAAACAUGCUGAUGGUGGUGAACGAACCGCAGAGUUGAACUGUUAUGAGGAACCAGUUUGCAUGCAGACACAGAGGAUAUGGCAAACACCAAACCAAACUAGGCAGAUGAUCUAAGAGAUCUUCCUGUUUGGCCAGAGUUAAUGAUAUACAAGCUGAGGAACAAGGAGAGGAUCUCAGUAUCUGCUGCCUCUAAGCUCCUUGCCAACAUGGUGGUCUCCAUGGACACAAUGAUAUGUGGCUGGGACAAGAAGGGUCCUGGGCUGUAUUACAUUGACGACAAUGGCCUGAGACUGUGUGGAAACAUGUUCUACACUGGGUCUGGUAACAUCUAUGCCUAUGGUGUGAUGGACAGUGGCUACCGAUAUGACCUAUCUGUUCCAGAAGCCUAUGAUUUGGCACAGAGGGACAUCUUUUAUGCUACGCUCAGAGACGCUUACUCUGGUGGAACACUCAAACUGUAUCACAUGAGAGAGACUGGUUGGAUCAAAGUUUCUCAAGAGGAUAUUGGUGACCUGUACCAUCGCUUUUACAAUGAGAAGAAGUGA